AAAGAGUCACUGCAUGGGUGUUUGACGCGCUGCAGUGCGGACCAGCGCAAAGGAUGCGCGACCGGACAGUUGUGUUCAGUGAGAGCGGUGUCGUUUAUUUAUCAAAAUAUAAUGGAUGUUUUGAAUGUCUGAGUAGAAUAAUUGAUGUAUAUAGUCUUUUAAUUCUGUGUGGCUUACGCUGUUUGCACUGUGAUGCCAGUAGAGCUCGUUUAUACGGUGAAUUAGAGCCAGAUUUGUGUAUUUGCUUUAACCUUGGACCUUUGUGUUAUUAAUAUAUGCGUGGUUUUUAUAUUAUAGGCGUGAUGUUUAUGAUUAGAUAACCAAGUACGCUUUCAGUGGGUGUUUUUUUUAAUUUUUUUAUUUGGUGGUAGUCCACAGGCUUGCAGUGGUUUAUCCGUGUGAUUGAGGAUUUUUUUUUUUAAGUUGAGCAUAAUAUAUUAAUUCGCGUUUUUCUUAAUAGUAAAUCCGCUAUUUAUUUUAGCACUUGUGAACACCGUUUUAGCUAGAUGGACCAUCAGUAGGACCACCAAAAUGCAAGAAUUAGGCGGUUUAUGGUUUUAAAAACGGUCCCAGCUGAUGGUUUGUGUCACUGUGAGGUCCCAAAUGAAGAUUUCAAAACGACGGAAAGGACUGACUUAUCGUAGUCUGUGUGCCAGGCUGGCAAAGGAGGGUUUUGGCGUCGACUAAAUUGGUCAAUUGCAAGAUAUUUGUCAGAGACGUAAGGUUUUUGAAGAGAUUUGUGAACAUGAUAAAUGGAUCGUUUAAGUUGGGGGCUGCCAGAGUGCUCUCGGGGUUGCAGUGCCUAGCGCCAGCUCUGCAGGACAACGCCAACAUGAACGGCACUGCAGAGCAACAGGACAUUCUGCCCCCUAACUGCAUGGUCAAAGAUCGAUGGAAAGUGCUGAAGAAAAUAGGAGGAGGGGGGUUCGGGGAAAUCUACGAGGCGUUGGACCUGCUGACUCGGGAGAAUGUGGCGUUAAAAGUGGAGUCAGCGCAACAGCCCAAACAAGUCCUGAAGAUGGAGGUGGCAGUUCUGAAGAAACUGCAGGGUAAAAACCAUGUGUGUAAGUUUAUAGGUUGUGGCCGAAACGAUAAAUUCAACUAUGUCGUCAUGCAGCUGCAGGGUAGAAACCUAGCAGAUCUCAGGCGAAGUCAGCCACGUGGCACCUUUACCAUGAGCACAACCCUCCGCCUGGGAAAACAGAUUCUAGAAUCCAUAGAAGCCAUUCACUCUGUUGGCUUUCUCCACCGAGACAUCAAACCGUCAAAUUUUGCCAUGGGAAGGCUGCCUUCGACAUACAGGAAAUGUUACAUGCUAGAUUUUGGGCUUGCACGUCAAUAUACAAACACCAAUGGAGAAGUCAGACCGCCUAGAACCGUUGCAGGAUUUCGAGGGACUGUUAGAUACGCAUCUGUGAAUGCACAUAAAAACAAAGAAAUGGGUCGCCAUGAUGACUUAUGGUCAUUGUUUUACAUGCUGGUUGAAUUUGCUGCUGGGCAGCUGCCGUGGAGGAAAAUCAAAGACAAGGAGCAGGUGGGUCAGAUUAAGGAGCGCUAUGAUCAUAGGAUGCUGCUUAAACACAUGCCAUCAGAGUUUAAUGUCUUCCUGGAGCAUGUUUUAGGCCUUGACUACUACACCAAACCCGACUAUCAGCUCUUGAUGUCAGUGUUCGAGAACAGCAUGAAAGAACGCAUCAUCACAGAGAACGAGCCAUACGAUUGGGAGAAAAGUGGGACGGACUCCAUGAUGUCUGCCACCACGCCGACAGCAGCGCAGCAGAACACACGGCCUACAGCGGCUAUGGUUGGGGUCAUAAAUGUGACCCCGAUGCCAGGUGACCAUCAGAGGGAAAACACAGAUGAUGUCGUACAGGAUGAGCACCUAAGCGACCAAGAAAAUGCCCCUCCGAUUCCUUCUGGUCGACCAGCUGAUGGUAGCCAGUUACCUACAGAUGCAGACGGAUGGGAGGAGACGGACUUCAAUCGCAACAAACUCAGGAUUAACCUUGGAAAGGGAGGUCAAGAGGAAGAUGGGAGCCGGGGUGUGUGUCCUGUUUCGCCACAAAGAGUUUUGGACUCUGCAGGUGUGCAGGUGCACUCGCUCAGGUACCGACGGGUCAACAGCCCUGAAUCUGACCGAAUAUCUGCUGCUGAUGGACGGGAUGGUUACGGACAACGCUCUCGAAUGGACAUCCUUGGUUCUCCUUCUCGUCACGUUUACUCCUCCCAGCCCGCUCAGAUGCUGUCCGUCGACGGCUGCCGCGGAGACCGCGGCCGUAAUGAGGCAUCUGCAUCGGUGGACCAGGAAGCCCACAGCAAUGCCUUCAUCCGCUCUGUCCCACUUGCGGAAGAAGAGGACUUUGACAGCAAAGAGUGGGUUAUCAUAGACAAAGAAAUGGAGCUCAGAGACUUCCACCACCUCCCGGGGGCCGAGCCCACCACUUCUGGCACUACAGAUGAGGAGCCAGAGGAAUUACGCCCUCUGGAAGAAGGAGAAGAGCGGCGGAGACAUAGAGAUCCGUCAGUCAGACCUAAGAUGUCACACGGCGACCAUACUACCCGAGGCAUGCUGCCUCUUACGGAGGAGGAGGCGUCCAGGAGGAGCGGGAAAGGCCAGUCGACAUCAGCGGAGAGCCCUGUGCAGUCGCCCUGUCACUCGCUACCCUCCGGACGGCCCCGGCGGAGAGAGUCAGACACCAACGGACCUCAGAGACAGGGCCAAACCCCGAGUGAGCCUUUAUUGUCACCUACUGACUACAGGACUAAAUCCCCAUCUUCAGAGAAAGAGAUGUUCCAUAUCCUUCCUAAACUGCAGGCGAAGAGAGCUGACUUCCUCACUGUCAUGCUUACGGGAAGCCUACACCAGCGACGGGCCUUCACGGCCACACCACCUGAGACGCAAGACGAGGGACCCAGAGAUGACGAUGUCACGAAGAGUGAAUCUAGCAGUGGCGCAAGCGAAAAGAGCACAGAACGUAGCCAAGAUGGAGCUCCAUCCACUUUAGUGGCUGACGAUCCACACAAGGAACCAAAAGAACCAGGUUCGGUGGCUGAUGUAGAUCCUGACCAAGAGGACGUCUCGAAGACCCUUGUUUUGUUCUCACCGGGAGACACAAAGAAGUCUCCAAAUGCUAUAAAUGGGACUGAAGUGGAUGUGGCGGCAUCUGGUGGCACUCAAAAUGAGCAGUUGGAUGAAGUUGGUCGACUAGAGGAGGAGAUAAAACAGGCAGAGAGGCCUAUAGAUGCAACUGGUGUGGAGCCAUCCAUACAGACAUCUAAACCAGUGGUAACUAUCUCAACAACUCAAGUAGCCUCAGCCUCAAUUGCAUCACCUCCGUUCUCCAAAGUGGAGCAGACUUUUGUACACAUUGCAGAGACAACCCAUCUGAAUGUCAUGUCUUCCAGUGGUGCACAGGUUCCUGAACUUUCAGAGGAGGUUGAAGACAAGAUAAAAGACAAGUCAGGUUUUUCUCAAGAGGUUGGACAAGUAGCAUGUGCCCGGUAUGACGUCACCUCUCAAGCUCUUACAGAAGGACCUCAGGUACUCAGUGUUCUUGGUGGGUCUUUGCCAAACGAGACUACCCAAAAACAGGAUGGUCUUGUGAUUCCUCUACCCUUGGAGUCCAGGGAACCUAUCCAUAAAGAUUCAUCAACUGAAUCCAAACAGGACAAGCAACCAAAAGAGGAGAACACAAUACUUCAGAGUGUUUCUAAACUCUCACGACCAAGAAGCAAAAGUCGAAUCCCUAUCCUACUCCCAGAAGAAGACCCAGGAUCUGAACAAUCCCUGUCCACCAAAGAGCGACUGCGCAGAAGAGCCAUACAACAAGACUUGGCCCGUCAAGUCAUGGAACGACAACGCCAGGGUCGCUGGAUGAGACUGAAUUCCAGGACUUCGUCCUCUUUAUCUUCUGGAGAUGAGCCCAAGAGACCUUCAGAGACUCUUUCUACUACAGGCUCAGAGGAAGACAUUCAUGAAUCUGAUGAUUCCAUCAUUAAGCUCAAGAGGGAAGCUGAGGAAAAGUACCGAAGUGAGUGGCACAGCAGGAUCCCACGACCAGUCACGCCAAUAAGGAAGCCUUCAACUAAACUAGUAGUCGCUGCUCCGGUUAUCCAACCUGAAGCUGGGAGUGCAAAAUUAGACCACAAGGCAAGCAAUGGUCCAAAAGUACAAUCACAAUCAGGAUCAAGCGCUCCAGCACUUCACACUAGAUCAAAAUCAACACUGUCCCGCUCUACCAUGUCAAGUGGAAGCAAUCGCAUGCCUCUUUCCUGUAUUCCUGCAUCAUCCCGUCGCAGCUUGAGCACUGCAAACUGCACUUUCUCUUCAACCCGCAUAGCUAGUCCUUCCCCCCAUAGGUUACCCUUGCGAACUGCAGUUAGCGAAUCCCGCAAGCAACCGCUUGCCCUCCGAGCCACUGUGGAGCUCCCAGUGAAGUCUAGGACUACUACUUGCAGUGGUCCUGCGAAGGACAUCAAACCAUCACCAAACCAACCCAGUGUUACUACAUCUGUCAGUAAUCGAACCAAAGCUUCUGCUCAUUCGAAGAACACGGUUCCCUUGAAAAGGGAAAAAAGCACAAGCAACAACACAGCUGCAGCCAGAUAAGACACUGUGACUGCUGUUUACCGGGAUUGUUUCUUCUCAACUACUUGAACAUGUUGCCUCAAAAUUGAAUCUGCCCCAUUGACCAAAAUUUACCUUUUUGAUUAAUUUAAUGUUCUUCCUAAUCAGUGAAUGGCUAGUUCCGAUUUUGGAUUCUGCACCAAAUAAUUUUAUGUUGUACAAUAAGAAAGUUUCUGAUGAAAGUUUCUUGGAGCAUUAUAGAGGAAAUGCCACAUUUAGCUUACACGGUGCUAUACUGUAUAUGUGUUGUUCUGUUGUGCAUUUCAUUUAAUAUAUGGUUUUCGAAGGUGUACUUUAUUAUUAGUUAGAUGCCAAGUUGUCUUUGGCCCUUGACACACAAUGAUAAAAUGAUUAUGUAAAAUUAUUUAUAACAGUAUAUCACAUGUAUUUAACCAGCACAAAUGAUUAUAAACCACCAGACACACAGAACGUUGUAAAAUCUGCCACAUAUCUAUGGACAAAUGCACAAAUUUCCUCUGGUCUGCAGCUCGGCCCUCUUUGUAAACCUUGUGAUGAUGGGCAUGCCUUGUCUUUAGCUUGUUACAAGUGUUUGAUGAUACUGCUGUAUGCUUGUACAUAUUCUUUUCAGUAUUUCUUGCAGAGACCUCUUUAUUUUUAUCAGGCAAAGGGUUAAAGAUUUGGAUUUUAAUUUUGUUAACGGAAUAUAUUGUGGGUUCCAACGAGUUGUCUCAUUUUCUAGGCAUGGCAGAAAUGACACCAUUAUUAAUAAUUGUCAGUACGGAUUAUUUCUAAAUGAACGAUUCCCACCUCUUUUGUUCUUAUUACAAUGGUGAGAUGUUAAUCAAGAUUUUUUUUUUGUUGGAAUAAGGAGCAUAAAAUG